UUUUCUCUUUCUUUUUCUUUCUCUGUCAUUUAAACCCUUGCCUUUCAUUUACAUCAUGUCGAAUAAUGACUUUGGUAAUCCCUUGAAAAAGUUUAAGCUUGUCUUCCUUGGUGAACAAAGUGUUGGUAAAACUUCGCUUAUAACAAGAUUUAUGUAUGAUACUUUUGAUAAUACCUAUCAAGCGACAAUUGGUAUUGAUUUUCUAUCAAAGACAAUGUACCUGGAUGAUAGAACAAUACGCCUUCAACUAUGGGAUACUGCUGGACAGGAAAGAUUCCGUUCACUUAUUCCAAGUUAUAUAAGAGAUUCCUCAGUGUGUGUGGUUGUUUAUGAUAUAACAAACCGAAACUCCUUUUUGAACACAUCAAAAUGGAUCGACGAUGUUAGAGCAGAAAGAGGGACAGAUGUAAUCAUUGUAUUGGUCGGUAAUAAGACGGACUUGAAUGACAGAAGGCAGGUGACUGUGGAAGAAGGAGAAAAGAAGGCGAGGGAUUAUAAUAUCAUGUUUAUAGAAACAAGUGCAAAAGCGGGUUAUAAUGUAAAGGCACUAUUCCGCAAGAUUGGUCAUGCUUUACCCGGAAUGGAAAAUGAUGCUAGUGAUGAACAAAAAGAACAAUUAACCAAGGUUGAUUUGACAGACACAUCGACAAGGAAAGAAGAAGCAAGUAGUUGUGCUUGCUGAUAAUUAUUUACAUCAUCAAUUAUGGCUCUAAAAGAAUAAUAAGGCCCAUUAGAAAUAAAAGUAUAGAAUGGUAUAUAUGUAGUUUGGCCCUAUCUUAUAGAUUGUGUAUGUCUUUGUGUAUGUAUGCUAUCCAAGUGUCAUCAAAGAGUCUUUGAAACUACAAUCCUUGUUCAAUUUAACUAAUAAGCUCCGGAUUCAUCAAUAUUAUGCAAUAAAUGAAUAUAUAUAGCUUAAUUAGCUUGGGUAAACACAACCAAGUCGUAAACUUUAAUGUACGAGCAAGGUAUCUUUUAAUUGAAGAAAACAAAAAACAGGCAACUGUGGCAAAAGAGCUCAAGAAAACUAUAUAUGCGAAGUAAUCGACGCACAAAGAAUGUCAUUUAAUUAUCAUGCAGGGCCCUUUGGUUGUUC